AUGGAAAAAGAACCGGUUGAACAGCCUGACCGUGGACCAACGCGGCCGCUGGUCCCGGACUCUAAACAACAAGGACAAGAGGGCAAUGAAGUAUCCCCUGUCAGAAGAUGCAGAUCCAACAACACAGAGGAGAUGAUUUCCACCGCCAAACGCCUCAAGCAGGGCAACUCUGAAACCGAGCAGGAACAGGCACGCCGUGGCAGGUCCAAGGAGCGGAUUCCUGUAGCUCAGGUGGGCUCUUCUGGAGAGAUCUCCCUAAUGGGAUGGGAGGUCAAGAAGGCCAACGGACAGAAAAUUGUCAUUCCCAAGCGGCGAUGA